AUGUCAGAUCCCUAUUUCAUCAAAUUGCACCUUAGUAAAUCUGCUGCGAAGGACGAUUUGGAACACCUUCAACUGAUGAAAAAUGUCUGCCUCGGAUCCAUCCCUGAAAUCCACAUGGAAUCGUGUGAUGUAAGUUCGUUAUUCCAUUCCCUACAAAUUGAAACGUUCUUGUUCAAUUUCGCAAACAUGCCAGGCCACCAUCUGGUCGGUUCAUGUAAUGGGUUGCACUGUGGGGUUAGCGAAAUACCAGAAGGAUACCGUGUUUGUUUCUGGAACAAGGCGACAAGGGUGAUAUCCAGAGAAUCGCCAACGCUGUCUUUUUCCCCGGGCAUUGGUCGUAGAACAAUGUUUGUGUUUGGCUAUGAUCCGUCAAGUGACAAAUACAAGGUUGUAGCAAUUGCAUUGACUAUGCUCUCACUUGACGUAUCUGAAAAGACUGAGAUGAAAGUUCAUGGCGCGGGUGACAGUAGUUGGAGAAACCUUAAAGGUUUUCCUGUUCUUGGGACUUUACCUAAAGUUGGUGGAGUGUAUCUGAGUGGAACCCUUAAUUGGGUUGUUAUUAAGGAAAAGAAAUCAUUCAUUCUGAAAUCGUAA